AUGGAGCAGGUUAUUGAGAACCCAGAGUCGCUCAAAUUUGAACCUCCAGUUUGUUCACACGUCUUGAACUUAAACAAAUUUCUAUCACCAGAUCAUAAAGACUCAGCACUGCUCAUAUUGAACCAAAAAAUUACAGUUGAAUGCGUCUUUGAGAAACUGUGGGCUAAUUACAAUUUGCACGUUUGUGCAGAUGGAGGUGCCAACCAGCUAUAUGAACAUUUCCAUGAGGAGGAACUGCGCUCCAAAUAUGUGCCGGACUAUAUUAUUGGAGACCUGGACUCAAUCCGAGAUGAGGUGCUGAACUUUUACUUAAGCCAUGGGGUUAUAGUAAUAAGCCAGUCGUGGCAGUACUCGACAGAUUUUACGAAAAGUCUACAACUGAUAUCGCUUCAUUUCUUCAAACCAGAGUUUCGAGAACUGCUGUCGUCCGAGCGAUUUGAACAAAACUAUGGCAUUGAUGAUUGCCAUGGUAUUGAAACUCUGUACACGGCUGAGCGUCCAAAUUGGUCUACGCGGGAUAUUGACAUGCUUGUCUUGAAUGCGAUCGAUGGCAGGUUCGAUCAAACGGUGCACUCGAUUACUCAGCUAUACAUGACAUCAAGAACUGAUGCCUACUACAAGCUAUGUUAUCUUACUUCUACAGAUAUCAUCAUGCUCAUACCAUCAGGUGGCACUUUAAUCAAGUAUAGUAAAGACUUCAAGCAGCACUGCGUUAAGAAUUGCGGUCUGCUGCCCUUGGGAGGUCCCACCGUCAUCAAGUCCACCAAAGGCCUUAAAUGGGAUGUUUGUAAUUGGCAUACAAGUAUUAUGGGAGGCAAAGUCAGCAGUAGUAAUCGUUUUGUUGGAGAAUCUUAUUGCUACUUUGAUGUUGAAGAUCCCUUGGUAUUAAGCAUUGAACUGACGCUAAGUAGAUUAGUUGAAUUCAUAUGA